AGUUGUCAAUUUCCGAAUCUUUACAAUGAAGUGAUUCAUUCGUUUACGUUUUCGUUUCCUCAUAAAAAUUAGAGACAUAUUUCACUAAAAUAAUUUUAUUUGUUUAAUCUUUUAUGUCCCUAGUACAGGCACAUAACUAGCAUAUAAUAUUUGCAAAGAAUUUCAGGUUAAAAACAAGUAAACUCACCCGGCGGAAGUGAAAUAAUACUUUAUUUUUGGUAAAAUAUUCAUUUUCCCACAUAAAAAUGCCUGCUUAUCAUUCGACGUUGACUGACUACACCCAAUCCGUUGGUAAUCUCGCUCUGUUACCAAUACGUACUUCGUUCAGGGGCCCAGCUCCUAUGAGUCCUAAGAUUGAAUUGGAUAUUAUUGAUGAAGCUCUCAACUAUUUUAAAGCAAAUGUUUUCUUUAGGUUUUAUGAGAUCAAGUCUGAUGCUGACAGAGUUCUCAUUUACCUAACACUGUAUAUUUCUGAAUGUCUGAAACGGCUUCAGAAGUGCUCAAACAAAAACCAAGGGCAACAGGAGAUGUAUAUGUUGGCCAUAUCUAAAUUUGACAUUCCUGGUGAAUAUGGCUUUCCUCUAAAUUCUGUCUAUGCUAAGCCCACUAGCACUCAAGAGGCUGAUUUGAUGAGACAGUAUUUGCAGCAGUUGAGACAUGAGACUGGUGCCAGAGUUUGUGAAAAGGUAUUUGCUACAGAAGAUGGCAAGCCCAGCAAGUGGUGGCUAUGCUUUGCCAAGAGGAAAUUCAUGGACAAGUCAUUAUCUGGCCCAGGACAGUAACCAGUGUAAACCAAAGUUUAGCAUUUAUUUUAUACUCUGUAUAUCAUUAUGAGAUUUUUGAAAUGUCAUUCCAUAAUGUUGUACUCAUACUAAGAUGGUGCAAUUAUAUCUGUAUUACUGUUAUGUGCUACUUAAUUCCACUCAAAAUAUUUUCCAAUUAGAAAUAUUUCUCUAUAAUCAUGGAGUAUUGUUUGUGUAAAACUCAAUUUAUAACAGAAUAUUAAUAUUUUAAGGACUAAUGAUUUGUAUUAUUAACAGUUUUAGAGGAA